GUUGCGGUUAAUGUUGAAGGAGAAACACUCUACUCUAAAUCUUUCGGCCAGCGUACCUUUGAUACCACGGAAGAUGAUCCUCUCCUAACAAAUUCAUUGCUGUGGAUAGCUUCCCUCACGAAACUUGUUACUAGUGUGGCAUGUAUGAUUGCAGUUGAGAAGGGGCUUGUCACUUUGGAUGAAAAUGUGCGAGAAAUUGUUCCCGAGUUGGAAGAUCUGGAAUUGCUUGUAGGAUUUGAAGAAGGCGGAACACCGAGAAAGCCGAUAUUGAAGAAAGUUACUGCACCGAUUUCUUUGAGACAGCUAUUGAGUCACCAGAGCGGUUUCGCUUAUGACCAGCUCAGUCCGGACUUGCAAGAAUGGUCAAAAUACAACAAGAGGACUGAAUGGACGAUGAGUGGAACCAUGGGUGGCUACACUCAUCCCCUAAUUUUCGAGCCCGGCGCGGGAUGGGUUUACGGAUGCGGCAUGGACUGGGCUGGGAGAGUAAUUGAAAUGGUGAGCAAGCAGAGUCUCGAAUCUUUCAUGCAAAUUCACAUCUUCAAUCCGCUGGGCAUGGACUCCACUACCUUCCAUCCGGAGAACAUGCCAACAUACGCUUUGAGGCAACAAACCCUCGCAUUCCGAGAUCGUGCAACUGGUGAACUUGUACCAGGAAAGAAUCCUUGGGCUUCCACAGCGAGAGAUUGCUGUGGUGGUGUGGGGUUAUAUUCCACGGCCGAGGACUAUGCCAAGCUCUUGGCUUCUCUCCUCAACCCCGACUCUUCCAUUCUGUCUGAAGAAUCAAUCAAAGAGAUGUUCACAGGACAGUUGGAGAAUGAGAAGAACUUCAAUGAAAUUAUUCAUGGCAAAAGCAGAGCACAUUUAGGUCAGACUUGGCCUUUGGGUGCGGAGGGAACGUUCGGGCUUGGCGGGAGUAUCACCUUAGAGGACUUUGAAGGGAGGAGGGCGAAAGGGAGUAUGAAUUGGAGCGGGAUGCCGGGAUUGCAUGCAUGGGUUGACCGCGAGACUGGCGUGGCGGGGUUAUUGACUACACAAGUGUUGCCUCCUGGAGACUCGAUGGUUACGGUGUGUUUGCUGGAAUUAGAGAGAGCGUUAUAUAAGAUCUUUUAGGGGGGUGUACCGGCCGUAGUAUGAGGCAGUGUUGGGUUGAACCAAG